CAUUUAUAUAAUUUUCAUUAAAAAUCCAAGAACGAAAGUUAAUGAUUAUAAUAAGAACAAUAAUAAAUAAAAAAAGACUUAAAAUAUGAUAAAUCUGUGAAUGCAUGUGAAAAGUGGUGGUGAUUUUUCUUAUCAGAUGGCCGGGCAAAUGUUAAACAAAAUCAUGAAUGAACUUUAAUUAUCAAUUACUGUGGAUGGCUCUAAUACAUAUGACAUUCAUGUACUUAGAGUAGCGCCUCCAAUUAGAAAGGAAGUGUCUUGAGAGAGUUGACUUGACCAUCGUGAUACCCAUGUGAAAUGCCUAUUUUUGACAAAUUUUGUUUUCUUUUUUUAAAAAUCCAACGGACAGUAUGAAAAAUUCAAUAAAAAGCGUAGACAAUGGGAGGAUAAUGGAGUCUUAGAGUUAAUUAAAUUAUGGAAAGUUUGUGCCUAUGAAUUGCGCACUAUUAAACGCAAUGGCCAUCUCUAUGUGGCUAUGGCAAAGCAAUUAACCGGUCUUGGAGUACCCGUCACAGCAUUAGAAGUACACUUUAAAGUGAACAAUUUAACACAACGCUACAGACAAGAACAGAAAACCUUUGAAGCAACUGGUAUAAUAAGUACAUGGAAAUUUUAUAAUCAAGUGGAUGAUGUUUUUAAAAGCUUGGGACAAACAGGCUAUACAAAAGAUAAACGUAUUAUGACCCCAGCAUCUAAUGCUAGCAGUUUACCUUCUUCAUCCGAGUCACCCGUUUGGAAAAAUCAAAUGUCUCAACAAGAGUUUAACAGUAAUAAUUCCGAAGGAUUUUAUAAAUCGGAAUAUGGAAUGCACCGGCAUUUCAUAGAUCAUACACAGGCACAGGCUGCUAAUGGUGCAGGGGGUGCCACAGGCAGCGGUGCUGAUGUUAAUUUUAUGGCGAAUACAGCUGCCGCAGCAGCAGCUGUGGCCGCCGCCUCACGUCUAAAUGAAUCAAAUCAAAUGGAUCAAUUAAAUGCUGCCGCCUCGGCUGCUUCCUCCAAUAAUGCCACCAAUGGUGGUGUCUUAAACUAUAAUAAAAUCAAAAAAUCACCCGAUGAUUAUGAUAAAUUUGUGGAUAUUGUCAAAAACAUUGUAGAUUCACACAAAACCACCCCAGACAAAGUCGAUACAUUUGGCGAUUUUAUAAAAUCCUAUAUAAAACGCUGGCCCGAACGCCUCCAAGACGAGGCUAUCAAUCAUAUAACAAACUAUAUAAUUGUUAAGAAUAUGGAACAUACCAUGCACGCCACUAUAGAGGGCGUCAAUAAUCGACAAUAAUAUAAGAGUGAACCUAGAAACUAGGUUCACGUACAUAAUAAUAAUUAAAUAAUAUUAAUUCUAUAAUCACAACAGCAACAACAUCACAUGCAUAUAAACAAUAAAUGUUACUUAAGUUUUUUUUUAAUUUAAAUUUAUUCUUUUAACUAAACUACAUAUUACAAUAAAAAUCAUUAUAAGUUUUUUUUAAAAUUAAGAUUGUCUAAUUUCAAUGAUUAUAAUAAGUAACGGAAGGUUUAAGUUCUAAUUUUAAUUUCGAUUUUUAAUGUUUUACUUUUAUGUUUACUUUUAACUAACUACAAGCCUUUAAGUUUAAGUUAUUUAAAGAAAAUAAGAUGCAUACAAUAAAUACAUAAUUAAUUAGGCUUAAAGCUUAUAAUUUUUUUAAUUACAUAUAUUUUUUAAAUUUUAAGUUAUAGAUUUUUAAUAUGUAUAAGAUUUACACUUAAAACACACAUAUGCUUAUUUUUAGUUUUAACGUAAAAUUAAAACAAAUUGAAAUAAAAUUCAAAACAGAAAUUAUACUUAAAAAUUUAAAAUCAAAAGCGAUUUAUAUAUAUAAUUAAUUUUUCUAUUGAUGUAAACAUGUUUCCUUAUAAAACAACAACAACAAACAUUUAAAAAUCAAUAAAAAGAAACAACAAGUA